AUGGCAUAUUCUGCAACUAUACCCAUAUCUGUGAUCUCCCUUCAUCCUCCAUGGACCACGGUUUUCCAAGGAGAGACAGUGAAUUUGACUUGCAAUGGAUUUCACUUCUAUGCACCCGAGAAAGCAAAAUGGUACCAUUGGUACCAUGGGAGAAAAUUACUGCCAGAGACUUCAGGAAACAUCCUCGAAGUUCGUGAAACAGGGAUGUAUAGAUGCUGGGCUGAAAAGUCACAUCUGAGUGCCCCUGUGUCAUUGAUUUUUGCUACAGAUUCCCUCAUCCUGCAGUCUCCUUAUUCUGUGUUUGAAGGUGACAAACUGGUUCUGAGAUGCUGGAGAGCAGGAAGAGAGAAACUGACUACUGUGAAAUAUUCUUGGAAUAGAAAAAUAUUCCAUACUCCUAAUAAAAGCUUUGAUCAUUUUAUCCCAAAAGCAAGUUCAAAUAACAGUGGCACUUAUCAAUGUAUUGGAUAUGACAACCAAAAUGGUGUGUUUAAAUCAAAUACUAAAAUUAUUAAAAUUCAAGAACUAUUUCCACAUCCAGAGCUGAAAGUCUCAGCCACUAAGCCUACAGAGGGGACCUCUGUAAACAAGAGCUGUGAAACACGUCUUCUUCCUGAACGAUCAGAUACUUCUCUUCAUUUCAUCUUCUUCAGAGACAACAUGCUCGUCCUGUCAGACUGGAACGAGUCCUCAGCGCUCCAGAUCCCAGCCAUCUGGAAAGAAAACUCGGGGUCGUACGGGCGUGGUGCUAAAACAGUGACACACAACAUCAGCAAACACAGCUUCUGGCUGAAGAUCCAGGUGCAGAGGAUCCCUGUAUCUGAAGUAUCCAUGGAGACCCAUCCCCCAGGGGGCCAGGCUAUUGAAGGGGAGAUGUUGAUCCUUGUCUGCUCUGCGGCUGAAGGCACAGGGGACAUCACAUUCUCCUGGCACAUUGGCGGUACGAAGGAGAGUCUGGGUUGGAAGACUCUGCGUUCUCAGAGAGCAGAACUGGAGAUCCCUGUCAUCUGGGAGAGCCACGCUGGGGCAUACUACUGCAUGACUGACAACAGCUAUGGCCCUGUCCAGAGUGAGGUCAUGAACAUCACUUGUGCCUCAGUUAUCUACUCUGAGGUGAAGACACAGCUCCCAGAUAACUCAACUGGAAAUGUCAGCCCCAAAGAUGAAGACAUCACAGAAUGUUAA